AUGCCGUGAGUGGACACAAGCUCACGUCUACUGAGACUCUAUGUGCUGACGCACAGAGCGUGAUUCAGGCUGUACGAGCUCUUCUGCGUCGCCGCCUCAUCGGCCGAAUCGGUGAGUCGAAGCGAUCAUCGUUUGAGUGUUCGUCGUGCUGACACUUGCGCAUCCCUCCACGCACUCAGGCACCAAUCAGAGAUCUGGUCCGAACUACUUCGUCGUUGAUUCUGGAACAUGGAGGCGCUGUCAGGGGUGUGCAGUACUGGGGAAGGAGAGUCUUGCCACAAAGGACGAGGAGGCAUCAGGUUUGGCAUUCACAAGGAGAGUGAGUACAUUCGCCUGCGAUGGGCUUCGAGCGUGCUCAGAAGCGUCAAGGGAAGAGGCAAAAGACAUGGCGGUCCGACUGGCCUCACAGAGUGGCUAUGCGCUCCCUUGAGCGCAUACGCAGCUUGCGUGGAGUGACCUUAUAUGCGCUUGCGUGGAGUGACCUUAUAUGCGCUUGCGUGGAAUGUCCUCGUAAAGGCACAUCACAUUCUCCCCCCGCCCCCCUUCAUGAGACGCUCAGAUGUGUGGUCUUGGGAAUUUCCUGCUCAAUUGGAAAAUCAGCCACGCAUCGCGCACUCUCUGCCUGUCGUGCUCAGACGUCAAAUCAUCCCAAACCUCGCCCUCAGCAAUUUCGAUGGUCUCGUGCUGACCGCACGCUCAUCCCCUUCGCCCCUUGCAGUCAUUUCUUUCUCCAAUUCGACACAAAUCCCAGGGUGCUCGGCACGCUUUCAUCCAGGUUGAGGGCAGAUCCUCGCGUGAUCAAAUGGACGACGCUCAAGCUGGGCGACAGGCUGGAUCAGAUCUCUCCUGAUCCUGCUAGAGCUAGACCGACCGGCUACGCUUCGGACGCUGGACAGAUGGGUGGAAACAACACGAUGCGAUUCAGGUCGGACGAGUAG